AUGGACAAACCGAAUGGAAAGCAGGCUGAACUCAACCCUCGGACGUCGAUGGCGGCCUCCAUGCGCCUGUCCGUUGUGGGAGACGAAGAGGGUUGCGAUGUCUCGGCGUCCUUGAGCCCGGACGCGGCCUUGCGGUUGUCAAUCGCAUCACUGCCGGGCCCUGAUUCGACCAGUUUUGCAUUAGGCGCUAGGGAGCCCCAGAUCCCUCUCCAGAGUCAUUCCAUUUCCGAUACAGCGAGCCGACAGCGCCCAAGCACGGCACCAAGUCGGCCUUCAAGCAUCGCGAAGCCGCGACUGGUGGAUUCUUCAUUACCAAAUAACCUAACUCUUCGUACGGAUCCAGAAACCGCCGGGGCGCCUGUAGCAGCCAACCCUGCGAUCCAGGUUGAGGCGCCUUAUGAGGGGCCCUCGGGCCCUUCACACCCCUAUCAAAUGUAUCCACAGAGACCUACGAGCGUUUCUACCAUCUCAACAUCGGCCCCGGGCCAUGAACGGGGUUACUCGGGACCAAGAGACCCGGCACAUCCCUACACGCUCUAUCCACAAACUACGGCAACGGGCGAUGUUGGGCAACUCACCGCCAUACCAGUAGGAUUUCCGAGCGUUUCAAGUACUUACCAGCAACGAGCUGGGGCCGGCAACGAAAAUUCGCCAGGUUUUGUCGCAUCUCUUGCCCAUGCAGAAGAGCUACCGCCGUAUUCUAGGUAUCCUGUUAAUGACUUCAGCACAAAAACCGGGGAUGUCGAGCAGACUACGGCCGUCCCGGCCGCAGGGGAUCCCUCCGCGCUGGAAAACAACUCCCCAGCCCAGGCCCAGGCCCCGGCCCCGCCCCAGCCUCUCCCAACAGCGAAUGCUCCCUCUGCCGUUGCGCCUAUACAGGGCGCCGGGGGGAUCGGUUUGGCCACUAGGGAUCCGGAAUUUUCUUCUACCUCCUCCGAUCUUGACUCGCCGCGCUUAUCAACCCGCAGUUUCACAUCAGACGGCAGUCAGCAGGAAAUAAACUUAGCCCCUAGCGAAAUCGAAAAUGAAAAGGAUUCGAUGAAAUCAUGGCAGAAACGGGCGACGAAGAAGAUGUGGGGCAUCGUGCCAUACUGGGCAAUCGGACUACUCGCAAUUGCCCUCGUUCUCAUGGGCGUAAUAUUAGGAGCUGUAAUCGGCACUUUCCUGUCCAAACACCGAAAGGGUGGCCCGCCGAAACCGCCCAGUUUCGCCGACUCCAACUUCACUCCGGGGGUCAUACCACUUGAGGCCGUUCCACCUGACCUGCCAGACCUGGAAAUUGGGGAAUGGAGUCUUCCUCCCUUUUUCCUGGCCAGCCUCGCCCCUAGCUCCUGCUUCACUAUACCGACCCAAGCCCAGGCAUGGACCUGCAACACACCUUUCAAUAUCUAUUGGAUGGAUGUGGAGAAGGUUUCGGACAGCCUUCCCAUCGCUUCCUACAAGCUGAAGUUUACGACCUCCAAUAGUAACACAACAUGGAGCAAGUAUGCGUGGGGAACCCGACCCCCGGUUAUCCCAGACCACCAACGCUUAAUUCUGGUCAACGACACGCGUGAGAUGGGCUGGGGACCUGCGUGGUGGCUUAACAUGACCUACGACAAGACGGUCGUUCUCCAAGAAGACAAAUUUUCGAUACCGACGGAGCGUAGCAGAAUAUUUCGGCGUAAUUCCCCAUCAGAGUCGGGUUCAUAUCCCCCUGAGACAACCGACGGCGCGGGCGAUCGAAAGGACAAAGACGACCCAGAGAGUAAGAAGUGGCCUGUCCCGGGCCCUGGUUCUGGUUUCCCACCAUAUCCCGGGGCCAAGGAGGGAGACAAGCCCUGGAUUUGCACCUGGCCAGAUACCGUUCUUGAAUUCUUUCUUUAUCCCGUCCAAAACAACAGUUACAAUAUUCAUCCCACUAGUGCGACAUACCCUCCUUUUACUGGCUUUCCAUCGGGAUUUCCGACUGGCUUCCCGACCGGCUUCCCGACAGGCUUCCCUACAGGCUUCCCGACCGGCUUCCCUACCGGCUUCCCCACUGGCUUCUCCGUAUCGCCAACUCCCUCGGCCCUAGCGUCUGAUUUGCCAGCUCUCUCCGGGGAAGGAGUAUCCGCCUCAGCAACCCCAUCAGUAAACCCAUCGGAAGAGAAAGGCGAUAAGGAGCGCUGGACUGUACCGAAAAUUCUCCCACCGUAUCCCAAAAUCAUCAAAAUAUCUGAACGCCGAAUACCAGGCCCUACAAACAAACUCGCGUCGUGCGAACAGGUUGAAGUUAUUGAUGGCGGCAAGGAUUCCCGACCAGUCCUCGACGAGGAAGGGAAUCCUGUUCGAGUCACCAUCCCCGAGAAGCCGGCAUGGACACCCCCUCUUCCUCACGAUAGGCGAUGGCUAGACGCAGCUGAUCUCUUUACCCGAGAUACCCCAAAGGAGAACAACGAGUGUGGGUGUGUUUGGAUGUUUGAAUAA